AUGUCUAGCGACUCGAACGGUGCUUGGGACCACGCCAAUGUUGGAUUCAAUCCGGGCACCAAGGAAGCUAACAUCAACCUCCCAGACCAGGAGAAGGAGACUCUAGCGGAAUCGCAGGAUGUACGAUACAUUGCCAUAACUCCAUGGUCGCCUCUUAAACUUCCAGUGGAGGAUCUGUCAUGGACUUUUAUACCGGUGCGCCUUCAGAGUCCCGGCAAAUCCCAAACUGCGCGUCUAUCCCACUCGACUGCCCAUUUUCCAGCCUCUAGCGGCUCCAUCCGGUCAUUUGUUCAGACCCUUGAAACGCUUGACCCAACACGCACCUUAAUAUCAAGUCAGCGAGCUAUCGAAAUACAUGUCCUGGAGGUUGUCCCGCUUUUCUUGGAUACUAUCUAUGUGACAGUGGAACGUCAUUUACUCAGUAACGUCGAUGAUAUUCAAAGUAAAUUUGGCGGCGGUUUCAGUACGAGGGCACAAGGAACGAAUGGCCUGAGGAUCAGGGGACAGGGACUACCAUCCUUAUCAGCCACGUCCACCAACGAGAAAAAGGAAACGGCUGCUGAAAGAGAAGAGCGUUUAGUGGGACUGAUUCGAGAGGCGAUUUCAACCCAGAGGGUAUUACAUGCAGGGGAUUUGCUACCGCUACAGCUACCUCCACAUCCAAUCACCCAUGCACCACCCCCACCCGCUAAAAUUUCCUUUUGUGAGCCUGUGGCGCAAGGGUUGGUUAAACCUGCCACUAAAAUUGUUCUUGUUCAAACAAAACCACACCGUCAAUCUCGAAUUUCCAAGAACUUACCAUCACCUGGUUGUGCUCUUUUAAAAGAGUUGGUCGAAGAUGAAGGAGAUGACACGUCCAAUGAGCAGUUCUUUUCGGCGGCAGAGGAGAAACUGAGCAGCACGGACAUGGAAAGUACUUCACCGCCUGAGGAGUCUGGUACAGAAGCUUCGGUUCAAAGCUACAGUGAAGCUUCAGAUGAUUCAUUGGACGAUAUGAUCUCAUUAACGGCCCCAGAGCUUCCUCAGCAACCUUCAGGGACAAUUUCAGCCGUGACAUCGGCGACCCCACGACCUGGUGGCAAGAGAUUUGAUGUGCAUACCCCAGGGUCGAUGCUCUCCAGCUUUACGAGCGCUACUGCGCGUGCAGGAAGAAGUAUGGGCAAAAUCUUCCGAGCAGAAGGGCUCCUAGAGAGAAUACCCAAUGAAGUUCUCCACCCCAAGCCACGAGAGUCUGAUGACUCUGACUCUUUUGUUUUUGUGGAUAUUCACACUCUCACUAAAAUUGGUUGCUUUUCAGGUGACUGGGUUAGAAUUGAAGUUUCUGAGGAGCCUCAACUUAAUAUGUUAUCUUCUCUACAGUUCGAUAGUCUAAACGGGCGGAUGGAUAACACUAAUGAUAUAACAUGGAGGACUGUAAAAAUCUACGGACUGCCGGGCCUAACGUCUCCCAAACCUCGAUACUCGAUGAGCCAGUCCUCAGCGAGGCGAUCUAGCAUAUCGCAGAUGCCUUUCCAUCGGAUUACUCCUACGGUGUUUGUCCCUCCGAUUCUAUUAAAUAACCUGGAAAAUCCUAAAUAUUUAAAACUUUCACCCAUGUUACCUCACGGAUCUCAACAUGGUAUUUCAAGAUCUGGGAUUGCACAGCCAAAAUCGAGUUCAUCCAAACAACCUCCUGUUGCGAAGGAAGUUACCCUUCUGAAAAUAUCCACUCCACUUUCUAUGGACAGAACUCUACAGCCUGUCCUCUUUGCUGGAUUGAAACACUAUUUUGAAUCAAAACAGCGACUGGUCAAAAGUGGGGAUCUCAUUGGUAUAAGUGUUGAUGAGUUCUUAGGGAAAGCAAUAUUCUCAUCUGCCCGGGGUCCUGAUGCUGGUGAUGACGAUGACAUCACAGCCCAGCUUGGGUUUUCUCUGGAUUCUCAACUGAAAGCCCAGAAUGCAUCAUCGGGGAAGGUGGGUGUUGCGUGGUUCCGUGUUAGUCAUGUUGUAUCUGCGUCUGCAGAGGAAUCGGAAGAUGGCGCCGACAAUGAGCGAUGGGGUGGAGUUGCUGUCAUUGACACUUCUUCAACAAGGAUGGUACAAGCUGGGAGCGAAAUUAGUAGAGUGCCGGGAACACUCAACAAUGGAUGGGAGUACUGGCUGGGCGUGAAACCACUGCCAAAGCCGAGUAAUGUGGCGGGAAGGCCACGUAAUUUUGUCAUUGAAGCUCCUAAAUUAUUCGUUCCUCCUCUUCAGCAACGGCUUCGGGAACUUAUAUCUGCGUCAACUAGCCCUAGAGCAAUUCAACUCGGCAUGAAACCCGUUGUUAUCCUUCUUAUCUCUACUCAGCGGAGCAUUGGGAAAACUACGGUUGCACGUCGUGCUUGUGGCGAGAUUGGACUUCAUACAUUUGUAAUCGAUUCCUACGAUAUUCUGGCAGAAGGUGGCACCAAUGGCGGAGACGUCAAGACGGAGGCUUUUCUUAAAGCUAGGGCGGAUCGGGCAUUUUCUUGCGGAGCAAGCUGCACUGCCUUGCUGAUUCAACACAUUGAGGUUUUGAGCGCUGAUAGGAUGGUUACAACAUUGAAGGAGAUUGUGGCUGACUCAAGAGUUACAAUUGCUACUACUACCGAUGUUGAGAAGGUCCCAGAGGGCAUUCGAAGCCUUUUCACCCAUGAACUUGAAAUGACCGCGCCCGAAGAAAGGGAAAGAGAGGGUAUCUUACGAAACGUUAUCAAUGACCAAGGGGUCAGGAUUUCAGCAGAUGUUGACCUAGCAUCUGUCGCGGUGAAAACAGCAGCCCUCGUUGCCGGUGAUUUAGUCGAUGUAGUUGAACGGGCAGUUGCUGCUAAAACCCUUCGCCUCCAAAAACUAGCAGAGAAUGCCACAACUGCAGAUGAGAAAAUGAGCCUCAUCGUGCGAGAUAUUCAAGCUGCAGGUGGAGACGCUGCGCGAUGUGUAAUAAAUGAAGAUUUCGAUGCUGCUGUAGAUGCAGCUAGGAAAAAUUUCGCAGACGCUAUUGGCGCACCGAAAAUUCCUAAUGUUGGCUGGGAUGAUGUUGGAGGCCUUACGAACGUUAAAGAUGCUGUUAUGGAAACCAUCCAACUUCCUCUGGAACGACCAGAGCUCUUUGCCAAGGGCAUGAAAAAGCGAAGUGGUAUUCUAUUUUACGGACCCCCCGGAACUGGAAAGACCUUGCUCGCCAAAGCUAUCGCCACGGAAUUCUCUCUCAACUUCUUCUCGGUCAAAGGUCCUGAACUACUCAAUAUGUAUAUCGGAGAGUCUGAAGCAAAUGUUCGACGUGUCUUCCAGCGGGCUCGUGAUGCGAGACCUUGUGUGGUAUUCUUUGACGAAUUGGACUCCGUUGCACCAAAGCGUGGCAAUCAAGGCGAUAGCGGCGGCGUUAUGGACCGUAUCGUUUCCCAGCUUCUUGCUGAACUUGACGGGAUGAGUGGCGGGGACGAAAAUGGCGGAGGAGUUUUUGUAAUCGGUGCCACCAAUCGCCCUGAUCUCCUGGACGCUGCACUGCUCCGACCCGGUCGAUUCGAUAAAAUGUUAUACCUUGGUGUCUCUGAUACGCAUGAGAAACAGGUUACGAUUCUAGAAGCGCUCACACGAAAAUUCACAUUGCAUCCCGAUCUUUCACUCAGGCGGAUCGCUGAACAGCUGCCGUUUACAUACACCGGUGCCGAUUUGUACGCAUUGUGUUCUGAUGCCAUGCUUAAGGCUAUCACGCGUCAAGCUAGAGCAGUGGACGACAAAAUUAAAGCGCUCCCCGGUGGGCCUGUUACGACGGCCUAUUUCUUCGAUCAUUUUGCGACACCGGAAGAUAUUGCAGUCAUGGUAACAGAAGAAGAUUUCAUCGCAGCGAAAAGCGAACUUGUUGCUAGUGUUAGCGCCAAGGAACUUGAGCAUUUCGAACGCGUGCGCCGUACUUUUGAAUCAACGGACGACGCGAAGAAGCCCAAGCCAACUAUUUCAGAGGGCCCAGCUGACCACUCGCCAUCUUCUUUAACCAUUGGCGAGGCCGUCAAUGGGCUCAAGCCUGGUGCACCUCUAGAAGAUGGUCCAACAAACGCCCUGACAAACAUUACGAACAACACUAGCAAGCCCGCCGUGUCCGCGGCAUUACUUCAUCGCACCAAACAUGGAAUUAAAACAACGCGGGGAAAAUGGAAGAAUAAAAUUAAUUUUUCAAAGGGGAAAGGCGCCAUGGAUUCGCCAGCUGAUCAUUAUUUUGAUGAGAAUAAGGGUGUGGAAGAUGACCUCGGCGGUUCCGUUGGUGAUGGGGAUCUAGGCAAUACGAAUGGAACGGCAGUCCACGGAUCAAAGGGGAAGGGCAAAGGUGCCGUCGCCGAUGGCCUGGCUGCAGCUAGCAAUGACCGCGAAUCUGACGAGGAUGAUGAAUACGUGAUCAGGACGGAUCAUCUCAAGCGGGCUGAGAAGCGGCUAUGA